CAGAGGCGGAGUAUGGGUUCGAUGCAGUGUGGGACAGCUCCUUUUCAGGAUUGGGGUAUAUAGAGCAAUAUACAGGACAAGCUGUUUACAUGUCCACCUUCUAAACAAGUGCUCUGCAGAGUGAGAGGGAAACAAAAAAAGUGUAUGUGUGUGUGUUUACCAGAAUGGAGUGGAUGAGAAAAUGAACCCAGAGAAAAAGGGUGGGGUGGGGCUGCUGACUAUAAGUGCAUCCUAUUGAUCUAUACAGUAUGUCCAUCCAUGCGCAGGCCCAGCCUAGUCUCAGGGGAUGUUGCAAGAGAAAAACAGACCGAGACAGAGCUCUGCUAAAGAAGCAUCUUCAACUAUUCUGAGGAACUGUUCUCCCCAUCUUGUGCUUUCUCUGCUUACUCAGGAAAAAGGUUGUUUAUAUCCAUUUAUUUAUUUGAUUCAUCAGAGUUAUCCAGAGAGCUGCAAAGGUUUCAGGUUGAGUGUCCACCGAGAAGCCAACGGUUAUGAGUCAAGCAUUUGACUGCUCAAGUGGUCACACACUCUGUGGAAUGAAACGGACAUCCUGUGUAGCCCAUCUUUACGAGAGGUCGUGGUGAGCGAACGCAUGUUCAGGUUAGUUAUGUGUUACCAUCGUCUGCUCUUGGUGAGCGGAGCAGGGCUCCUUCUAACAAUCUCCAUCGGGCUGUGUGCCCCAACGGCUGACCAGUACUCUCGUGGAGUGGUAAGUAGGAAACCCUACACGCUUCUUCCAGUCCGGUAAUGACAACCAAUUUAAUAACCUUCAUUAUUCGCAUUUAUGACAUUCCCUCAGAUUCAUAUGACAUGUGAGAUGUACAUAAUUAGAUAUUCAAUACGUUUUCAUACAAUAGACAUUGUUCAAAUAGCCAGAUUGGCAUACUAUGUUCAAUGCUAGUAUUGGGACUCUACUAAUGAUUUACACUAGAUCCUUACUGCCAUUUGCAUUGAAUUAUUUGACUGUGGUGUUGCCCAUAAAUGUUAUGUUUCAGUUAUGUGUUUUAAAUGUAAAGAAAAGCACAUGGUAGUUAUGUGUUUUAAACAAAAGAAAAGCUCAUUGGACUCAAAUGUGGGCACGCUAAUGUUUAACAAUAAAUUGCAUAUAGUGGUGCGUGUUUACAAUAUUCCUUGGAACUGAGGCCAGUGUAUAUACAUACUGUGUGUGUGUGUGUGUGUGUGUGUGUGUGUGUGUGUGUGUGUGUGUGUGUGUGUGUGUGUGUGUGUGUGUGUGUGUGUGUGUGUGUGUGUGUGUGUGUGUGUGUACAACGUGCGUGUAUGUUAUCAUUCUUGAGCUGUCUUUUUCCACAAACAUUUGUGUUUCUUCCACAUGUGCAAACACACUUAAUCACUACUUAUUCUGUAAUAUAUCAAGGAAUUAGGAAUCACUCUGUGGAAUCACUCUGUGUCUCUCUCUCUAUGGAGGACUGGCUGAGUCGGUAUGGGUACCUGCCCCCUCCGGACCCCCGCACAGAGAGGCUCCAGACCAGGGAGGGCAUCCAGAAAGCUCUCCGCCAGAUGCAGAGGUUUGCUGGGCUAGAGGAGACAGGAACACUGGACCAUGCUACUCUUUCUUUGAUGAAGACCCCUCGCUGUUCCCUGCCUGACAUUGUCGGAACGGAAGACCUGAGGAAGAGAAGGAGGAAGAGGAAAAAGAGAUAUGCUUUGACCGGGCUGAGCUGGAAAAAGAAUGAUAUCACCUGGAGUGUGCUCAGCUACCCCUCCCCCUCCCGGUCCCACUCCCUCCACCCCGAACUGGUGGAUCUCAUCCUCACCUAUGCCCUCCGUGUGUGGAGCAACCCCACCCCCCUCAACUUCCAACUUCUUCACCCCUCCCGGGACCACCCCAACCAAGAGGGGGACUUCAGAGUGUCCUUUCCCAGCUCCUACCACGAGGACGGGUACCCCUUCGAUGGCAGAGGGGGCACCCUGGCUCACGCGUUCUUCCCCGGGACGGCGGACAUGGCCGGGGACACCCACUUUGACAAUGGGGAGAGCUGGAGUUACGGGUAUGGAGAUGACAUUGGCACCACUGAUCUCUUCACGGUAGCAGUGCAUGAGUUUGGCCACGCCCUGGGCCUCUCACAUACCUCUUCCAAUCCCUCCAUCAUGAGGCCAUACUACCAGGGGACUGUGGGGGAUAUCCAGAGCUACACACUACCUACAGAUGACAGACUGGGAAUACAGGCUAUAUACGGAAAGAGAAGAAGGUCUGCCACGCAUCCCACUCCGGCCCCAACCACUCCCAACCUACCUUUCCUGCCCAGUCCUCCAUCCCCAAGACUAACACCACACCCAGACCCUGCUCUGCCAGAUCGCUGUGAGGGGAAAUAUGAUGCCAUUGCCAACAUCAGAGGAGAAGUCUUCUUCUUCAAGGGUGCUUUUUUCUGGCGUGCUCAGCAGUGGGGUUCUCUGGUGUCUUUCAUCCCAGCAUUGAUCCACAACUUCUGGGUUGGGCUCCCCCUAAGGCUGGACCGGAUCGACACAGUCUAUGAAAGGAGCGACGGACACAUCAUCUUCUUCAUUGGAGCCCAGUACUGGAUGUUCAAAGACAGGGCCUCUUUGCCUGGGUACCCACGCUCCCUAGAGGAAUGGGGCAUGCAUACCAUGGAGGGUCGGCCACUGGAGAGGGUGGAGGCGGUGUUUGUGUGGGCGCACAAUGGGAAAACGUACGUGUUCAGCGGAGGGGAGUUCUGGAGAUUUGACGAAGGGGGGCAGGACAGGAAAUUGGAGGGGGGGUACCCCAAAAUGGCCUCCCUCUGGACAGGGGUGCCCUCUGACCCAGAUGACAUCAUCAGCUGGGGAGACGGAGAUGCUUAUUUCUUCAAGAACACCUCCUACUGGGUGCUAAAGAGAGGGGGGUUGGACCAGGGAAGUAUCACUCCAAAAUCCACAGCAGUGGAUUGGAUGAAAUGUAAGGUUGGUGGACCAACUCCCACCCACUUACCCAAGAUGCCUCGCCCUACAGGCAGAGACUGUGACCGGAGCAGAACUGUAACAAUACAAGCAUCUUAUUGGCUAAUCAUAGUGUCUGUUUCUGUUUUGUUGUUAUUUUCUGUUUCUGUAUGUUAGUAUUCACUGUUUUCAAUGUUUUUUGUCUCUGUCAACUACAAUGAUUUGGUGAAAAUUAAAUAGAUAAAAAGACAGACAGCAAGCAGGGUUCAGGAGUUGUGAUGAUUUCAGUGCUCAGAGGACUAUAAGACAUUUACAGUGUAUUUAAGUAUGUCCAUCUGGUCAUUAGGUCUUGUGAUGUACUUUAUGUCACCUGAUAUGAUGUUAUCUGUACACCAAGUAUGCCUGUCCUUUGUUGCAAAGACAAUUUACACAUGGGAUAUGAAAUUAUACUAUUCUAUCCUAUCCCGUGUAAUGCCAUGAUUGGUUCAAUUAUUAUUUAGUCGUUCUGAACUUAACUUAGGGGCACGUUCAGUUGAUUGAAUGUUUUGCUACAUUUGCGAACAAGAACACAGAGAUGUUGGUAAAGAUAAGAUAUCGAGAACAAUGAUGUAAUUCAAAUCAACAUGUAUUUGUCAUAUGCACAGGAUACACAUGGUGUACAAUUAAAUGCCUUCUUGCAGGUUCACCUCUUAGAUUGUAUUAAAAAAAUAAUAAUCAAGAAAUGUAAAUGAAAAAGGCUGAGAUUUUUUGGGGCAUAAAACACAUGAACAAUAAGUCCCAAACACAAGAUGUGUUGUGACAAUACUGAAUGCAAAGUGUGUAAAUGUGCCCAUAUAGUUUCAUAAACAUAUGAUCCAAAAGCAAAUGAAUCAUCACUAACAAAAAUGAAUGAUUAGCAAUAAUGUUGCGGGUAACAUUAUAUAGAACUCAGCAGUGUCAAUUCCCAUGAAUUGACAAAUGACUGACGGCAUCAGAUAAACAAUGCUAGAACCAUUACAUUCUAAACCGUCAACAUGUGAGCUAACAAUAGCUGAAACUUAAUAGCCUAAAGCUAGCUAGAGAUUGGCGAAGCUAAAUUCAGUUAGCAUGAAGCUAGCGAACUGUGAAAUACUAUUUCCUUAAAAAUAAACACUUUCAACACAUUUUAAUGUAAUGUCGGAAGGGAUUCAGACCCCUUCACUUUUUCCAUAUUUUGUUAGGUUAGAGCCUUAUUCUAAAAUAGAUUCAAUGUUUUUUUCUCUCUCAGCAAUCUACACAC